ACAGGUCGCUAUGCAAUGCAAGCCAUGAAACAUAUGGAGCCGCAAGUGAAACACGCUCUGGAGGCAUCCAGAUCUGCAUUUGGUAGCGGAUACUACAGAGGUGGGUUUGAACCGAAGAUGACCAGGAGAGAAGCUUCACUUAUUCUUGGCGUCAGGUAGUCCAUGUUUUCACAAAUUAUGUA